CACAAGAUCCUAUCGUGACCUUCCCUUUUCACGACCUUCUACAAAGCACAGAGUACUCGUUGAAGAACAUCAUUCGCGCUAGAUUAUUCCCGUGUGAGUGUUUGUUCCGAUAAUUGCCAUACACCAGAAUGCUUUGGAACAGCUCAUUGUUGCACUCAUUCCGACCGUUGGUCUCUUCUCUGCCACCCGUGUUGAUAACAGGUACCUGGGUAUGCGGAGUACCUUUCCUGUGAUACCGCUUCUCGGUCUUGGUACCUGUGGCCUGGGCCCCUCAUGCGACUGUAUCAUGUUGGUUCUGGUUCUGGUCCUCCUUGUGCUGCUGCUGCUGCUGCUAGUAACUGCUACACAGAAUACAGAGCAGAUAUCGGGCAUCUUGCCUACUCGUACAAAGUUGGCUUCUCAACCAUCUAUUGUCCGUGCUGGAUACAACGACUUCUCACCGCCAAUUGUCGUGCACGGCAUCUGGCGACUUGACUGGCCCCCGUGGGGUUUCGCUUACCCUUUAGCAGAAGCUUGGUAGCCGUCCAACAUCUUGGGUCUUUGGGUGUUCUCGUAGGGCCGUGCAGCAUCUUGUCUUGAUUUGCUUGACUAUUGAGUUUCUUGCCAUGCUCCUCCCGCUCUGUUCACUCGCGAGUCGCUGCUCAUGGCCCAUGGGUCCCACGGAAUGAUGUUGAGAGUAUGCACUUCCUUGAAGUUCCUUUCUUUCACCUUUCCUUUGACCUUGGACCAUGACCCUGUCGAGAAUACCAACCGAGUACGAGGCGAAAUAAACCUUGCACUUUAGCCAGCCAAACAGGAUGGCCAGCAGAGCAAACAGAUUGGAAACAUCAGAUCCCUUCCCUCUCAACCGGCAUGUCCUGUUUCCGACCGCCGUAAAAUC